AUGUCGCCCUGCCGUCUAUAUUCGUCAAUUUUCACACACACCGCAAAACCGAGAGCAAAAACGAAAAAGAUCGAUCGAAGAUUCACCAUGGAUAGAGAACUCGAAGAAAUGCAAUUCCUAGGGCUCUUCGGCAUCUACGCAGAAGCCUACAAACUCAUCUUCAAACUCCGUAAAAUCUUUACCCAAAUCACCCUCGCACUAAUCCUCCCUCUCUCCUUAAUCUUUUUAGGGCACGAGAAAAUAUCGGAAGUCCUUUACUGGAGAAUCAGGUACACCGAAUACAAGCUACACCGUACGCCAGCUGGCACCCCGCGAUUUGAUAGCCUCUCGGACCUUGUAUCGUCCGAAUGGUCAUUGUACGUACUCUUUAAGGCAGUGUACGUCACUUCCCUCCUAGUUCUCGCUCUCCUCGCCACCUCAGCGGUUGUGUACACCGUCGCGUGCGUGUACACAAAUCGAGAAAUUACGUUCAAGAAAGUCAUGAGUGUGGUCCCCAAGGUUUGGAAGAGGCUUAUGGUAACUUUCUUGUGCACUUAUUUAGGUUUCUUCGCGUACAACGUAGCUUUUGCCGUAACCUUAUAUUUAUGGUUUGUGACUCUGUGCGAAGUCUCGAUAGUAGGCCCGGUGGUUUUGUGGAUCAUAUUUGUAUCGUACGCAAUAGGGUUCGUGUACGUGAGUGUAAUAUGGCAGUUGGCUAGCGUGGUCACGGUCUUGGAGGAUUCGUGCGGAUUUAAGGCGAUGAUCAAGAGCAAGAACUUGAUCAAGGGGAAAAUAUUGGUUUCGAUUCUUAUAUUCUUUAAAUUGAAUUUAUCGUUGGGAGUUAUAGACUCGUAUUUUAGGAUGUAUGUCGUUUACGAGUGGUUCGAAAUCGGGAUAAUAAAAGUUAUUGGGAUUGGGGUGCUCUGUUUUCUGCUCUUGUUGAAGCUGAUUCUGUUUGUUUUGGUUGUCCAAACUGUUAUCUACUUCGUGUGCAAGUCGUUACACCACGAGAAUGUCGAUAAAUCGGCUCUUUCCGAUUAUUUGGAGGGGUAUUUUGGGGAUUAUGUACCUUUGAAGGCCAAGGAUGUUCAGCUGGAGGAGUAUCAUCUCUAA